GGGGAAGAACACUUAGUUGAACCAUGUCUGCACCAGCUACUGCCAAUAGUACGUCAUCGGCUACUACACCAUCAGUUACACCAAAUUCAGGUAACGAAGCCAAAGCUCAAUCCAAUGGAGUUACUAAUGUUACUGUUGAUCCUAAGGAUCGUAAGAAGAAGUUAAUUCGUAAGCAAGGAGGAACCAAUCCAAUCAAAUAUCAAUUAUGGUUGGCAGGACAUGCCAGUGCCAUUGUGUUUGGGUCGAUUAGUUUUGUCUUUCAAAUUUUAUGGUUACCAAAUAAAUUCUACAUCAACUCAAUUGCUUAUAGAUUAUCGUUGUUAGGAUCAAUUACUGCAUUGACUGCAACUUUAUCUCAUAAAUUUGGUUUAAGUUACUUACCUCCUCACUCAACUUUGGUUGCUCAGCAAAACUUCCAAUAUCUUGUUUUAGCCGUUGCUUGGAUCUUUACUUUUAAAUCAAUAUUCAAAAUUAUUCCUUAUUACUUAAUUGCAGUCUUACAAUUAUCCAAUCAUAAAAAAAUCGAUGCGGUUUUGAAACAAGCUCCAUUUUUAGCUUCCAUCAUUGCAUAUGAUGAAUUGUUCUUAAUUGGUUAUUUAUUAAUUAGAACUGUUUUCUUUAGAAAUACUUCUGGUUAUCAAUUACUUUUAUUCCUUUUCUUUUACUGGUUGAGAAUCUUGUACAACAAGGAAACAACCACCUUGUUCAAAGCAAUCAUUGAAAGAUUGGAUGGUAAAGUGGCUCCAAUUGAAAAUGAAAAAGUUCAACACAUAUGGGGUAAAAUCAAAUUGUUCUUAGACGAUAAACAACAUUCUAAUGAAUACUAAUCCUCCCAUAUCUUUUGAUAUUCC